ACUCGGUGAAAGCAUAAAUGGAAGCAUUGGAAAUCAGAAUUGAGAACCGAUUGUAAGAAACACUUAAUGAUUUCAAAAAGAGUCUAUUGGAGAGCCUUAGUAAAUUUCAACAAAAUGGGGGCUCAAGUUCUACGUUGCACGGAUCUAAAAAUACAGGAAAAGGGCCCCAAGAUUGUGACACAAAUUACUCACACAUGAAGGUGGAAUUUCCAAGAUGGAAAGAUGAAGAUCCAACCAAUUGGAUCUCUAGGGCAGAAAAUUUUUUCCGUUUUCACAUAACCCCAGAAGAAUUCAAGGUAGAAGUGGCUUCAAUCCAGCUCGAGGGAGAUGCACUCUAGUGGUACGAUUGGUAUGAAACUUUCCACGGAGUUCCUUCGUGGGAGUAGUUCAAAAGAGGGCUUCUUGUUUGCGUUGGCCCAUCCGAAUAUGAGAAUGUUGAUUGCCAGCUCGCCAAAAUUCGUCAGACUUCUACAGUGUUAGAAUAUCAGAGUAGGUUUGAAAGAUUAUCAAAUCAAGCUAGAGAUUGGUCGGACCGACAGCUUCUGGAUACAUUUAUUAAAGGGUCUUAUCAGUAUAUUUGAACAAUAUAGUAUUUUAGUGCUUUAUAGUUGGUGUUAAUUGAUAGGUUGGUCGUCAUCAUCCCAAGAAGCGGAAGAUGGUCGGAGAGGAAUCUGCCACUGGGAUCCGGAUGUUGUCCAUUCUCUUAAUGCGUCAUCUGAGAACUUGUAGAAGAUCGAGGUCAGAGGUAGCCCGACUUGAUCCGCGUAAGUCAAUAGUGUAGUACAUUUUAAGUAGUGGCGUAACUGCCUACUGAGAUUACAACUUAGGUAGAAUAACCUUCGCUGAUGUGGCUUAACCGUAUGCCAAGCUGAUGUAACCAUCUGUCCAUUUGAGAUGACGGUCUUCAUUGUUGAUGUAGAGGUGUCCAUGUGUUAGUCUUGGGACAGUUCAUUUUGUCCUCUAUCAUUAGAUAGAGGAUUAUAAGACGUCGUGCAAUUAUCUGAAUACUAAAGCAGAUGGAGCCUUUAUCGAUCUGCCACAUAAUGGGGCCCACUUUGGGCACAUGGGGCCUAUGGUGGAGCCAAGGGACUCACGUCGAGCAAUGAAUCCGCUUCGUCUCAAUCAACCCACAUCAGGCAGAUAUGGUGUUGGCAUGGUAAGAUUUUCCCAUCUCUCGAUUUGCUAGGGAAGCCAUCCUUUUUACCAUGGUCUGCCCACAUCGAUAUACAUAUGGUUGGCGUGACAAGAAUUCUUAUCGUGAAUUACUACAUUGGAGAAACAAUUCUUUAUAUCCUGAUCUGCCCACAUCGGGCAGUUAUAGUUGGUGUGGGAAGAAUCCUCCUCAUCCCGAUCUGCCCACAUUGGGUGGAGUACUGCCCACAUCGCAGAAGUUGCAAUCCCCGUCUGCCUACAUCGGGCAAGAUCAAGAUCUUACAUCGAAUGGACUCUUGCUACGCCAAGCAAGAUAUGCUCCAGAUUUGUCCAUAUCAUGCAAGGUCUCGAUCUACCCACACCGGACAAGAUCAUGAUCUACCCACAUCGAAUAAGCUCUUCUACACCACAUAGGAUAUCCUUUGGAUCUCUCCAUAUCAGGCAGAUAUGGUGUUUGCAUAGCAUCCUCUUGAUUUGUCACAUCAGGUAGAUUAAGUAGACGCAGGUUGAUUUACCUCCUGAUUUGCCAUUUCGGGAACUCCUUUCUUUCCCAGAUCUGCCUAUGUCGAGAAACAUUGGUUGCAAAAUAUUCUUUUAUCUAAUCUCUAUCGCACAUUAGGUGAUCUCCUGAUCUACCCACAUCGGGUAGAUUUGUUAGCAGUUUGCUCCGAGACUCAUCUGAUCUAUUAUCUUACGUUGGGUGGCUUCCCGAUUUAGUCAUAUUGGGUAGCUUUGCUAGCAAUUGGCUCUGAGAUAUACCUAACCUGCUCUUACAUUGGGUGAUCUCCUGAUCUGCACACAACGGCCAUAUAUGUUGGUGAUUGGCUUUGAGACAUACUUGAUUUACUCUCACAUUGAGUGAUCUCUCGAUCUACCCACAUCGGGCAGAUUUGCUGAUGAUUAGCAUUGAGGCAUACCUGAUUUGCUCUUAUAUUGGGCAAUCUCCUGAUCAGCCCACAUGGGCAGAUUUGUUAACAAUUUGCUUCAUGGCUUACUUGAUUUGUUAUUUUACGUUGGGCAAGAUUGCGAUCUACCUACAUUGGGCCAUAAAAACUAUCUUGUCUCGAUCUAUCCACAUCAGGUAAUUUAGGUGUGUUGGACUGAUCUACCCACAAUGGACAAUUUACAAAUGCUGGGCUGAUAUGCUUACAUCAAGUAGCUUGGUUGGACUGAUUUGUCCUCAUCGGGCAGUUGGCUCCAAUUUAAGGUUUUUUAUGUUCGCAAACGAUGUGUUGGCCGUUGGGAUAUUUUUUAUCCGUUGAGGAUGCAUUGGAUGCUAUGGACGCUCUCGUAUGCGAAGAACACAUCACGCGUUAAAGAUGCUUUUGUCCAUGAAGGAUGCGUCGGCAAUUGGAUGCUUUUGUCUGUGGAGGACUCAUUGGACGCUUUGGAUACUCUCGUCUGUCAAGUAUACGUUGUUCAAUAAGGAUGCUUUUAUCCACAAAGGACGUAUUAACUCUCUGGAUGUUUUAUCUACGGAGGAUGCAUCAGAUGCUUUGGAUGCUCUCAUACACGAAGGACGCACCAUGUGGUCAUUGGCUUUUCUUCAACAUGCAGGUGAGAUUUGCUCUUGUUCAGAUGAGGGAAAUGAGUUAGGACUUUGAUCUUCUAACUGCUAUAUGGUUGAGGGGUCUUUGGUGCUACUUCUGAUAACCAUUUGGGAUCAAGGAGUGGUUUCUUAUCCUUCGCUAAAAGAAGAUUCACGUCUUCAUCCGAGGGGGCCAGGGUCCAAGAUCUCCAAGAGGGGAAGGAUCGUAUGGCUCUAAAGAACUUCUUUGAUCAAGACUCCUACUUAUAUUUAGAGUUCUUAUGCUUUCCUCGAGAUAAGUACCUUAUUCCUAUUAAUUAUGAAAAUCGGCCAUUAGGCCCUUUUCCCCUUUAGCCAAUUUCCUUUGUGUUUAUAUGGAUGCUGUGGUGGCGGGACUCAGAUUUUUCAUUCACCCAUUUAUCAUAGUCUUUCUUAGAUGGAGGAUUUCACCUUCACAUAUGGUGCCUAACUCUUGGUGCUAUUUGGUUGUUAUUAUUGGCGAGUGUAAUCAUCAAGGGAUGAUUCCAUCUUUGAACAUCUUCACUCUUGCUUUUGUGUUUGUCAUAGGGAAAACAAGUACUAUUUCGUUGCCUAUGAGGGAUUUAAAGUGAGGGGGGCUUUAAUUUCCAACAAGGGUUGAAGAGUCGAUUCUUCAAACUAUUGGACACUGAUUGUGGUUUUAGUCUUAUAUGGUACGUUCGUACUCUAUUGAAUUUGAAUCCUAUCACAAUCUUGAAUUUUGCAAAGAGGGGGAAGUUCUCCCCUUGGUCGAGAUCCUACCGUCCUUCUUGGCCAUCAAGCGUAUGGACAAGGAGUGGCUUCUCAAAGCAUGCUUAAGUUCAUUUCAGGAGGGUAUGCUUUCUUACAAUUGAAUCUUGUAAUUUACAAACAUCUUGACCUCUUGUCUUGGUUUCUUGUAUGCAAAGAUGUUACGUCGUUCCACUUGAGCAAGAUGAAGGCACGAUAGCCACGAAGGUAGGAAGUUUCGAUGCGAUAACUUCGACCCUAGCUAUAGAGACCAAAAUAAUUUCCUCCUAGCCUCCAAAGAAGAAUGGAGUUGUUGUGAAGAUUAGAACAUUAGUUGGCUUUUGCACUUCUAAAGCUCUAAAAGAUCAAGGACAUCCUAAACCUAGAGCACCCCAACAUGAUGCGAUGCAACAAAGGUCUCGACGAUAAUCGAUGGCUAGAUUAUGCGAACUUAAGCUGAGUCUUUUUGCAACGAUUUAGAUGUCAAAGCUGCUUGAUGGCCUCUCAAGAGAACCACUUCAACCUCAUUGGAGUGGCUAAAAAAAAUUAUUCUCUUCCUUCAAAGGUGAUGCUAGCUGAGGCAUUUAAGCAUAUGGUAGUGGUAUGUUUCCAUGCCCUUGUGCGUUUAUUACUCAUAAUCGUAGCCUUCUUAUUCCCUUGAAUACUUUUCCUUUGUUACAGAAUCACCAUUAUAUGAUGGGGUUAUCCGACCGAGUGAGGGAAUUAGGUUUUUUCAUCGCAACAACUAAAUAAAGAGAUGGACAAGUUGAAGGAGAGAAUGACUGAGCUAAAGGGUCAAGUUGACCCCAUGGAGAUAUCUUAAGUGAAAGAAGCUUUGGCGGCAUCCCAAGCAUCUUUUGUUGCAUCAAGUCGAAGUAGAAGACUUGAAGUGUGAUUGUAUCGAUUAGCAGAAAACUCUCAAAAAAGACUUGAGCCUCCAAUUGAGAGAUGGAAGAUCAACUCUUGAUGCUCUAAAGUAAGGUUAGGGCCCUAGAGGCUAAAAUAGUCUAUUUGAAAAGUGAAGUUAUAGCCUAAGAACUUCAAGCCAUCGAGAGGGUGUUUGAAGCCAUUAAAGCCUAUAAUGAGUCCAAAGGCUUCAAGAUGAUCUGGGGUAGCUUCCUUCAAAUAUAGGUACUAGUUGGCUAUGACCCAUGUGUUGGCUAAGUUUCCAUGCCUCAAGUUUGCAAAGAUUUCAUUCUCAGUUCAUCAAGAGGACAACAAAGUAAAGAUGAAGAUGAAAAAAAGCUGACGAAAAGCAGAGGAUAAAGCCUAAAUGGAUUGUCAUCGAAGAUCUAGUUCUUUGAAAAGAAGAGGUCAACGAUCCAACAAUCCAAAUGAUUCUAGAAACAAGAUGACUCUUAAUUGGGAACGACCUUAUCGAGUUCUUCAGGAAAUCCGAGUUCGAAUAUAUUAUCUCAAAACAUUGGAGGUUCUGACUAUCCCAAGGACUUGGCAUGUCUUAAAUCUCCGAAAGUUCUAUCUGUGAGAGUAUCAAGGACAAGUUUCCUUUCAUUAGCUGAAAUAAAAGUACAUAUUAUUAGUUGGGAAUCAUGAUAUCUUCCAAAACUUGACACCCAAUUUAGAAAAGAGAACAUAACUAAGAUACUACAUUUAUAAAAAAAGAGACAUUUAGUCAUCUAUCGAACCAUUGUCUAGCCCACCCCCAGUGCAGUCUGUGUCCUUGUCAUUGUUGUCUUCCUUAUUGGAUGAAGUUUCCAUCGAGGUCUUGAGGUUGUCGUUAAAGUCUGUCUAUAUCUUCAUCUUCACUCUAUUGUCCUCGGGACCAAUCGAGAAUGUUUUUUUUGCAACCUUCAGGUAUGAAAGCUUAACUAGCACACGGAUCAUAGCCAUUUGGUACUCGUAUUUGAAGGAAGUUUCCCUUGGUUGUCUUAUACCCUCCUUGAAGCCUUUGGACUCCGUAUAGGCUUUAAUGGCUUCUAUCACCCUCUCGGCGGCCUAAAGUUCUCGAGCUAUUACUUCGCUUUUAGAUUGACGAUUUUAGCCUCACUGGCCCUAACCUUACACUGGAGCAUCAAUAGUUGGUAUUCUAUCUCUCGAUUGGAAACUUGAACCUUCUUGAGAGUUUCUGCUGAUCAGCACAAUUACGCUUCAAGUCUUUUGCUUUGCUUAAGACGCAACCAAAGAUACUUGGGAUGCAGCUAAAGCUUCUUUUAUUGGAGAUAUCUCCUUGGGCUUAGCUUGAUCUCCAGUUGAGUCACUCUCUCAUUCAACCUGUCUAUCACUUCAUUCAGUGUUGCGAUAAUAAAACUCGAAUCCCUCAGUCAUAUAACCCCAUCAUAUAAUGGUGAUUCUACAAUAAAGGAAAAGUAUCCAAGGGAAUAAGGAAGCUACGAGUUACAAACGCACAAGGGAAUUGAAACAUACUACCACCAUAUGCUUAGAUGUCUCAACUAGCAUUACCUAUGGAGGAAGAGAGUAUAUUUCUUUGGCCAACUUGGGAACUAGACCUCCUUAAAGAUACUUGGGAGUCAUCUGAUGAUGCACCCAUGGUUCGUUAGUCGCCUCCAAAUUCCAACGAGGUUGAAGUGGUUUUGUUGAGGCACUAUGAGGUAGCUCCGACAUAUGAGUCACUACAAAAGGACUGGACUUAAGUUCGCAUAAUUUGGCCAUCGACUAUCGCCAAGAACUUCAUGGCGUCACAUCAUGUCAGGGUGCUCUAAGUUCGGGAUGUGCUCGAUCCUUUAGAGCUUUAAAAGUGUGAAAGGUACAUGAUGUUCUCAUCUUCACAACAACUUUCUUCUUCGUAGGCUGGGAGGGAAUUGUUUUUUUUUCUAUGGUUCCUCCAUGGCUGCCCUAUCCUUUAUUGUCUUCUUCAUCUUGCUCGGGCAGAAUGAUGCAAGGUUUAUGCUUAGAGGAAAUCGAGAUAGGAGGUUAAGAUAUUAGGAAAUUACAAGAUUCGAUUGAAAGGAAACGAACCCUUUGGAGUCGGACUUAAGCCCACUCUUAUAAGCCACUCAUCCAUAUGCUUGAGCUAUGGAGGCUGGUAAGAUCUCGACCAAGCGGAAAACUUAUCCCCUCUUAGAAUUUAAGAUAGGAUAGGAUUCGAAAGAGUACAGGUAGACCACACAAGACUAAAACUACAAUAAGUAUCUAGUUGAAUGAAGAGGAACUGACUCUUUCAACCCUUGUUAGAUGUUGGAGCCCCACUCACUUUAAAUCCCAAACGGGAAGUAAGAUAGUAUCCUUUUUCCCAAUGACAAUCACGAAAGCAAAAGGGGAAGAUGUUCAAAGAUGGAAUCAUCCCUUGAUGAUUACACACUUCUCCUAUAAAGGCAACCAAAUAACACCAAAAGUUAGGCACCAUAUAUAAAGGUGAAAUCCUCCGCCAUCUAAGAAAGGCUAUGAUAAAUGGGUGAAUGAAAAAGAUGAGCCUUGCCUCUAGAGCAUUAGAAUAGACAUAGGAAAUUGAUUGAAGUGAAAAGGGCCUAAUGGCCAACUUUGGGAGAAUCAUUUUGUAAUUAGAAAGAAUACAGCAAUGAUUGUUGUACCACCUGAAACAAUACAAAACGGGUAGGUACGUGCCAUUCCAAGCAUGGACCAGUACACGGAUCACCCUUGUUUCCGACAGCUUACUCUAGUUCUAUAAAAAUAAUAAAAAAAUAAAAAAUAGCGAUGGGCCCAUCCAACUCUAUAUUACAAAAAGAAAAAAUCUAAAAUAGAAAUUAGGGCAAUCAAACGCGAGCCCUCGUCCCACGUUCAAUGCUGUUGCUUUGCCGUUGCCAUUAUCGUUGUUUGAUGUCAUAGUUUUCUGAUGUUGCGUUCCUUCUUCCUAAGUACGCUCCCACUUCUUCUCGUCUUCUUUCCUCUUCUCACUGCUUCUUACUCCAUCACUUCCUCUUCUUCUUACUCUGUUCCUCCAUCAUCCCUUCCUUUUUUCCCUCUUUUUUUUCUCUCUGAAACACCGGUACAUACUAGUGUACUAAUAUGGUAUAUAGGUACUGACCAAUAUGUACUAGUCCGAAAGAUCACUGAAACAAAUUUGAUAUUAGAAAUGACGAUCCUUGGAAUAAAGUAUUUCGCUCGAAGAAAGCUUAAGGAACCUGGACAUAAGCAGGAUUCUUGAUCAAGGAAAUUCUUCAUAUCCGUAAGAUCCUUCUCUUGAUGAUCUUGGACUAUGGCCCCCUUGGAUGAAGAUGAGGAUCUUCCUCCCUUGGAGGAUGAGGAAUCACUUUCUUAUCCUGAAUGGUUAUCAGACAAAGCACCUAAGAACCUCUCGACCACAUGGUGAUUGAUAGAUUGAAGACCUAACUAAUUUCUCUCAUUCGAACUAGAGAAACUAUCUUACAUGUCGAAGGAAAGUUGACAACCAAGAGGAUGUCGAAGUUGCCAACCUAAGAGAGGGAAUGGUGGAGAAACUCAAAGGAAACAAGUGAAGACUUCUUCACCAUGCUACAAAGGGGAGCUCUUUGAAGCAAGGAGUUCCCACCACUUUGUGUUCAAUGAAUUAAAUACUGUUUGAACACCUAGCUAAGCCUUUCUAAUAGUUAGCAGAUGACUCAUUAGUUAGACAAGCUUUGACAUCAGAGUUUAAUUCAAUCAUCAGAUCAACGUAGACUCACGGAAACCGAUGCAUCCUCCGUAGACAAAAGCAUCCCGAUAGUCGGCACAUACUUCGUGGAGAAAGCGUGUCCUUCGCGGAUAAAAUCAUCUUUAACGUGCAAUGCACCCUCUUCGCGGAUGAGAACAUUUGUUGUAUCCACCACAGUCAAGAGCAUCUUGAUAGUUGAUGCGUCCUUCACAAACAAAAGCGUCUUUAACGCACGUUGCGUCCUUCAUGGACGAGAGCAUCCAGAGUUUCUAAUGUGUCCUUGAUGGAUAAAAUAUAUUUUAACGGCCAACAUAUCCUUUGUAGACAUGAGCAUCCUGAACUUGGAGUCAAUUGGCCGAUGUGGGCAGAUCGGUCCAACCAAGUGAGCUGUCCAAUGUGGGCAGAUCGGCCCAGCAUGUGUAAACUGCCUGAUGUCGGCAAAUUAGUCCAGCAUGCCUAAAUUGCUCGAAUUGGGCAGAUCGGGACAAGAUAGUUUUUAUGGCCCAAUGCAAGCCGAUCGUGAUCUUGCCCAACAUAAAAUAGCAGAUCAGGUAAGCCUCAAAGCAAAUCACCAUCAAAUAUGUCUGAUAUGGGUAGAUUGGGAGAUCACUCAUGUGAGAGUAGAUUAGGCAUGUCUCAAAGCCAAUUGCCAACAAAUGUGCUCGAUGUUAGAGCAAAUUACGUAUGUCUCAAAGCCAAUCAUCAGCAAAUCUACCCAAUGUGGGCAGAUCGGGAGAUCACCCGAUGUAAGAGCAGAUCAGUAUAUCUUAGAGCCAAUGGACAACAAAUCUUCCCGAUGUGGGCAGAUUGGGAGGCCACCCGAUGUGAGAUAAUAUAUCAGAUUAGUCUCGAAACAAACUGUCAACAAAUUUGUCCGAUGUGGGCAAAUCGGGAGAUCAUAUGACGUGAGGUAAUAGAUUAGAUAAAAGAAUAUCUCACCAUAAAUGUUUACUGAUGUGGGUAGAUCGGGGUAAGAAAGGAGUUUUCCCGAUAUGGAAAAUUGGGGGGACAUCAUGCCAACACCAUAUCUGCUUGAAAUGGGCAGAUCCGAAGUAUAUCCUAUGCGAUGUAGCAGAGUAUGCUCGAUGUGGGUAGAUCAUGAUCUUGCCCGAAGGGGGCAGAUCAGGAUCUUGCCUGAUACGGACAAAUUGGGAUCAUAUCUUACAUGAUGUAGCAAUAGUCCAUAUGAUGUGAGAUCUUAAUCUUGCCUGAUGUGAGCAGAUCGAGAGAUUCUUGCCACACCCACAAUAUAUGCCCAAUGUGGGCAGCUCGGGGUAAAAGGAUUGUCUUCUCGAUAUGGCAAAUCAGGAGAUGGUAAAAGUCUUAUCGCGCCAACACCAUGUCUGCCCAAUGUGGGCAGAUUGGGACGAAGCAAUUUUGUUGUCUGACAUGGGUCCCUUGACUCCACCGUAGGCCCCUUAUGCUUGAAGUGGGCCCCAUCAUGUGGUAGAUCGAUAAAGGCCCCAUUUGCCCAAAGCAAACAACUCGACAUGUUGUGGAGCUCUCCCUGCCUGAUGUGGGCAAGUCGGCAUCACUAUAACUAAUCUAUAAAAGCCUCACUUGAAGUACGUAGCUCAGCAACGUUGGGCACAUUCAAGGCUCUCCAACCCGAUAGUGGUAGGUCGGGGUCAAGGACGAGUCAACCGAGACUUGAUGCAACAACAUUUAGUCUGCAGGUAGUUCUCUCCCUUGAGGCAUUCGGUGCCUAUUAGAAGUGGACAUGGCACUUCACCUAGAAGAUCUUCUACGACGAAGCACAAUGAGGGGAUAAGUGAUAGAGGACAAAAUGAAUCGGGACUGACACAUGGACACCUCUACCUUAGCAACGAAGGCUACCAUCUCAACAAGAUAGUUAUGACAUGUAACCACAUAGAGAGCAGUUGAGCUACUUUGGUAGAUGGUUACGUUAGCUUAGCAUGUGGUUGAGCCACGUCAACAGAGGUUGUUCCACAACUGCCAUCUCAACAGGCGGUUGCGUUAUCCCUGCAAGUCUUUAACUACUGAAAUUGACGAUAACCACAAGGACUUGGGUAUAAAAUGUAAAUACAUUCUCCCUCAUUUCCUUUCUCUCUCUUUCACAUCCCUACUUUCUUUACACCUUGGACAUUGUUGACUUAGGCAUCGAAGGGACCUAGUCGGACUACUCCUAAUCUCGGUCUUCUGUAGGUUCUUGGGCUUCAUGUCGAGAGAACGGACAACUUCUAGAUCGCAAUAGCAAAUUCCUCUCUGACCAUCUUUGGCUUCUCGGGACGAAGAGGGUUGCCCAUCGUCGGGUCUAAAUCGGGAAGUCUUCUCCUUCGCCCCCAUGCCAUGGGCUUCCCUUUCUACUGCCCUAAUGAAACCAUCGCCAAGGUAUUGUCGGUGUCGAUCGCUCAUCGUGGCGGCAGAGGUUGCUCCUGCCAUUGAAGCCCAUAAAGUGAGCUUCUCGGUGACCAACAAGCAGGGGAAGUCGGUUCCAAUUUUGAAGAAUUGUUCCCUCCAUGUCCCUCCUGGCCAGCUGUGGAUGCUUCUUGGUCCCAAUGGUUGUGGCAAGUCCACCCUCCUUAAGGUCUUGGCAGGACUUCUAAAUCCUUCUGAUGGAACUGUGAAUAUAAAAAAACCAAGUAGCUUUGUGUUUCAGAAUCCUGAUCACCAGGUGGUUAUGCCAACAGUGGAAGUAGAUGUGGCAUUUGGUCUUGGUAAGUUUAAUCUAACAUCAGAUGAAGUUAGAUCAAGAGUAUCAGAAGCUUUAGAAGCUGUUGGCAUGCUGCAUUACUCACAAAGGCAGAUUCAGACUCUUAGUGGAGGGCAGAAACAAAGAGUUGCUAUUGCAGGUGCCUUAGCUGAAGCAUGUAAAGUGCUAUUAUUAGAUGAAUUGACAACAUUUUUGGAUGAACAUGACCAGAUAGGAGUUAUAAAGGCAGUCAAGAACACUGUGGCGGCUUCGGGAGAAGUUGCAGCACUGUGGGUGACUCAUCGGUUAGAGGAACUCAACUAUGCAGAUGGUGCUUUAUAUAUGGAAGAUGGCCGAAUAAUGAUGCAUGGAGAUGUGUGGAGUGUUUUAAGCUUUAUAAAAGCGAAGCAAGUCCAGUACAGAGAUCAUCUUCAUCUCUAACUUCUUCACUACCAUCUCCUGCAUUUGUUGCCACCUCUUACUCUCUGUUUUUAAGGAUGAUGAGAAGUCUCAACCAUCUCAAUCUUAUCACGUGCUACUGCGUGCAGCUCAACCUUGUUCUGUAAAUACCCUAAUCAGCAUCUCAAUAUUAUGGUGUGCAAGUCUUGACUUUAUUGAAGAGAAAAAUAUAUUUUCACAAAUAUAUAUAUUAUUCUCACA